CAUUUUGGAGUGUAAUUUUGCAAAAUCAAAGGAACAUUCCCGUAGCAUACCUGCACACCCUGGCUGAAAUGACAGCAAACUAAAGAGUUUCUCCUUGAACCAGAAUGACUCUUCUACAAUAAAAACCUUAGCCAAUUCGGUGUAGCAGGUUGUUGCUUCUGCAUUUUGAAGAUUUUUCAGACUUCCUUAUAAAAAGAUUUGGCUCAAUGGGAAAGUUAAGUGGUAGGGGGAAAAUACUCCACAUAUAAAAGCAAAUGAGUUUUUAAAGAAUAGAAAAUAAUCUCUAUGAGAAAUUACUUUUAAAUUAUUCAUGUGAAAAUUAAACUUAGCUCUUGUUAACAUUUCCGUAGAAACAUACAUUUUAAUUAAGCCAAAUAAACAAAGAAAAGAAAUCCCUAAAAGUAGGCAUAAUCAUUUAUCUAUAUACUCACAAACAUAUUGCUCUUUUCUGGUCAUCAGUAUUUUUUCUUGCUUUAUUUGCUUCAUUUCCUUUAACUUUAUUUCCCCUUAUUCAUAGAGGGUCUAAGACUAAAUUGGUUCUCUGCUUACUUAUCUGUGAAGUCACUUCAGCAGAGAGUUACUCUUUGGAGUUAUGUCCUCAUCCCUGAUCUGUAUCCCUCAGCUAGAGCGCUCGGUCUGGUGCUGCCCCAUCACUGCCCUCAGGCAUGUAGAGAGAGGGCUCUUGCUUUGCCCAGUCUGUUCACCGAGCUCCCUUUGAAAUUGGUGAGGAGGGAGGUCUAUGGAGGGUGGAAAUAGAGGUACUGGGUGACUAUUUGAAACCAGUGUAAUUUGUAAAUUUGCCAUAAACUUUUAAGUAAGAGUUGGGGUGGGUGGUUUCCAGGGUUAGCAUGCUUUCAGAAAUCAAAGGGAAAGUGGAAGUUUUCAUUUUGUUUUACAGGGCGGUGAUAUGAAAGGGUUUUGUUUUUUUUUUUCCUGAAUUUUACCAAGAUUUCAGUAAUUGAUCUAUAGACUUAAAAGCUAUUAAAAUAUUCAUGAUAACAUUGUCAUAUUUUUAUGUAUAUGUGUAUACAUAUUUUUAUGUAUAUGUAUAAACAGGCAUACACACAAACACAAAAACACACAUAAUAGCACUUAUCAAGUAAUAGUACUUAAUACCACCUGAGUGUUCAUUUAAGUUCGGAGCAAGUAAAAUGUGCACUACCUCUGAGAGUGUGCCUUUAUCUGACCACGAAAAGUGAAGAAAAUCACUACUGUAACAGAUACUUCUCCUUCAACGUGAAAAGGUUUUAUACAGUUGGUACAGAGAAAUACACGUUUCAUUUUGCCAAACCCAAAGCAUACUUCCCAACUGCCUUUGUAUAAAAGCUAACACAACAUGUCAAAAGUAAGAGCAGAGCCCUCAGUAUACACUGAACUGCUGAAAGAAGUUAGGGACGGUUUGAUAAAGAUAAAACGUAAAGUUAAGUUUUGUAUGAUUUUCUCUUCAUUCACAUUCAUACCAGGUAGACUUUGUCAAACACCUAUAGCAGGGAGGAACUUGUUCAUGCAUGCAGAACAAAAUAAAAUAAGAUUAAAAGCUCCAGGAAAUCAGCCUACUUCAAAAAACCAUUAAAGUGUGCCUAUCCCUCAAGCUUUACAAAUGUGUUAAUUGUCGAGUUUCAGUCAUGUAAAUAUGUUUCAGCAUAAAGUAACCAAGAUUUCCUGCUAUAGAAGCGCUGCUAUCUGGGGGUGUGGGGGUAGGGAGGGACGAACCGGGGACUAAAUAACACACUGUAAUGAAACCUGCCUUUGGGCAGCACAUGCUUCAGUUCUGAAUGCCCAGAAAUACUUCGCAGACGCUCUAGGCUGCCUAGCAAUGGGGAUUUCUAAUUCUGGCUAGCUUGACAAAGUAAAUACAACUAUUGAACAUAAGGCAGCUCCUAAUAAAAAACAACAAUUCCCCCUUGUAAACACCUACAUUUGGCCCCAUUAAAAAUUCUUUCUUCAUACCCAGGAACUAGCAGACCCUGCAAUGUGGGGGUCUUAAAGUAACUGAAGAGCAGUCAGGAGAUUUAAUGCCGUCAGGAUGUUUUACGUGGCCAUUUACACCGAGCACUUCAUACCCCAUCUCAGGACUUGGUAGAGCAAUGUUCUGCAUACACUGCAGGGCAUUAUGCAAGCAAACACAUUGGCCAUUAUGCUCUCAGUACUCAUUCAUGGACAGCCAAAAGGAAAUCAAUAUAUUUUUUACAUAUGCUGUACUUACAUAUAAAAAAAUAUAUGGUUGCCACAUUUCCAAAAGGAGUGUUCAUCAAAAGCUGCCAACUUUGAAAGUUAUUUAGUGGAUUGGCAUUACUCUGAUACCUUAAGCAAUUAUCCAAUUUCAGAAGUCCCUGAUUUUGGCUUGUUCACAUCUUAGAAUUCAUCUAUUCCAUAAACGAUCAGACAGCCCUCUGCCAGUCCCCACACUGAAUAGUGGAUCUGCUGUAGUUCUAAAAAUCUCUGGGAUUUAGGGAUCGACCUUGAGUUUACAUACACAUUUAGCUGCUAACAGUUUACUGAGUCAGAGGUUUCAGAUUAUAGUAAGGAGCAAACAUUAGUUUGAAUUCUAGUAGACAAAAACAAAGGGAAUGUUACGUUUUGCCACCUCCAGAACAGUUUCCAUAUGCUUUACAAGAAAAAAGGGAUAAAAAGGAAUUCUCAUAGAAUUAGUCUGAAUUUAUUUUUAAAAGAAAUGUGUUUGUUUUUUUCCUCAAGCUCAGCAUCUGGUUCUAAAACAUGGUAUGUUCCUAAAAUAUCUUACUACUGUUAAGCCACCUGAGGGGUAGUACCUAAAAUACUGCUUCUAAAGUGUUUCCUCACUUGUAGGGGGUAGAACAGGGGCUUCCUGGACAAAGCAGGCUUGAAGAGCCUAUCAAAAUGACAGUCGGUGCACAGGAAGAUCCUGGUCUUCUUCCAUUUACUGCCAUAGCAGCAGUAGGUCUGAGCCCUAGGUCUCAAGCAUCUCUCAGCUUGGCCCUGCUGAAGCUUCAUUCAAAUUCUAUGCACUCUGGAGCUUAUAUGCUCCUGCCUGCAUUGUGUGUUCCAUAGCCACACAAGCCUUGGGGUAAGCAGCAGUUGGAGACCAGUAAAAACACUGCCGGAGUGAGAAGCCCUGUACACAAUUAAGGGAAGAUGAAUGGAAGGAAGUCAGUUGGGGAGAUACAGAGAGUCUCAUUGAGGUGAUGGUUCACAAGCAGGGGAUCGCAGGAACAGUAGUGGCAUGUGUGACUUCUCCGUCCCAUCCCUUUAUCCCAAAGAGGAAGCUAAUGAGGGCUGGAGGGAGGCAUGUGUCAAGUAUUUCUACUGUACAAGUUUAAGUAACAGUUUAAGCCACCUUAUUCUAUCUGUUACCUAGAUGGUUGUUUUUUUUUUUCCAAUCCUACACAUGUUAGAACAUGAAUGAGAAUAAAAUAUGCCAAGGAGCAAAAAAGAAAGCAAAAAGAAAAGGGAAAGAUACUGCCUUUAGUUUGUCUGGAAGGUAAAACCCUUUUAAGCAAAGUUCUUUGGGAGUAAUCCAGUCUGUUCUCUGUCCAUAUAUGAAAUAAGAGAGGAAAAUAACAUAACUCCCCCACAUCUUAAAUGUCCGCAAGUUCAGGAACAUUGGGACUGACACUUGGUGGUAUUCUUAUUACACCACAGUCCAAAAGAUUCUGGCUCACAUUUUAAGUGGAUUAAACUCAGCACACCAUCUCCACAAACAGUACUGCCAGAGUUUCUCCUCCAUGAACAUUUCAUACAGGGCCCAACCACUCCAACUAGAAUCUUCCUGUUGACUUGGCACGACAUUGACAACCACCACUUCCCACAGGAGGAGAAUGGGAGUAGGGGAUACUGUGGACCACUUAGGAGAUAGAAUAUUUCUUCUGAAUCAGAAGAAUACAGGAUCUAGA